AUGUCCUUCGCCUUCCCAGAUAUGUCCCCAGAACUCACCUCAACGUUGUCCACCGACCCAGCCCCAGGCCCUCACCCAGUUCCAGCCCCUCCCUCCGCCCGGCAUCGGAGCCCCCGGCCCCCGCCCCGAGAGCUUCAGAGGUGCAAACGCGCCCUCCCCCAACUCCUCCCGCCCCCGACUCCCCCCGUGUGGCAGCUCCGGGCUGGGAACUCGGCGGGGGCGGCCUCUCGGUUUCGCGUUCCCGCCCCGGGGCCCCGGCGCCGCGCCAAACCGGCCCUCCAACGCCGAGCCCCGCGCGUCCGCUCGCCGCGCCUGCCCCCACGCGCGCCGGCUGGCAGCCGGCAGCCCCGGACCCAGCCCCUUCCCCUCCCCGCGCUACGCUCGGCGCCGGCGUGGGGCGCGGGGACCUGGCGCGGGCGGGAGAGGCUCGGCCCGGGUGCGGGCGCGGGCGGCGGACACAGCCGGGCUCUGACCCGCAGGAGUGGCCGUGUCCCCAUCGCCUCCCUCCCAUCCUUCCAGGUCCUGGAGAGAGCCAGCCACCUCCUGGAGGCCUCCGAGGGACACAUCAUGGUUCUGGAGGGUCUGUGCUUGACAAGGAGAGGGGCCGGCACCCACACCAUGGCCCAGGACCCCUUGGCUCGGCUCUUGCUGGCCUGGACAGCCCUGUCGUGCGUGGUGGGUGUCCAAGGCCGUUGGGACGGGGCCGUGGAGCCUGCAGGUCUCGGACGUGUGCGCAGGCGUGGCAGCCCAGGCUUCUUGCAGGGGCCGAAUGUGUGUGGCUCCCGAUUUCAUGCCUACUGCUGCCCCGGCUGGAGGACGCUGCCCGGUGGGAACCAGUGUGUUGUGCCGGUCUGUAGGCACGCCUGCGGCGAGGGCUUCUGCUCCCGACCCAACCUGUGCGCCUGUGCUGAUGGGAAGCUGGCCCCCAGCUGUGGGGUGAGCCGAGGGUCAGGGUGCAGUGUGAGCUGCAUGAAUGGGGGCAGCUGCCGAGGGGAGUCCUGCCUGUGCCAGAGGGGCUACACGGGCACCGUGUGUGGGCAACCCGUCUGUGACCACGGCUGCCACAACGGGGGCCGCUGCAUCGGGCCAAACCGCUGUGCCUGUGUGUACGGCUUCGUGGGGCCUCAGUGUGAGAAAGACUACCGGACAGGGCCCUGCUUUGGUCGAGUGGGCCUGGAGGGGUGCCAGCACCAGCUGACAGGCCUCGUCUGCACCAAGGCUCUCUGCUGUGCCACUGUGGGCCGGGCCUGGGGCUUCCCAUGUGAGCUCUGCUCUGCUCAGCCACACCCCUGCCGCCGGGGCUUCAUCCCCAAUAUACACACGGGGGCCUGCCAAGAUGUGGAUGAGUGCCAGGCUAUCCCAGGCCUGUGCCAGGGGGGCAGCUGUGUCAACUCUGUGGGUUCCUUUGAGUGCCGCUGCCCAGCUGGACACCAGCUCAGUGAGAACAGCGCCAAGUGUGAAGAUGUGGACGAGUGUAUCAGCGUGCCAGGCCUCUGCUCCGGGGGUGACUGCACCAACACGGUCGGGAGCUACGUGUGCACCUGUCCCCGUGGUUAUGCCAGCAGCCUGGACGGUACCCGUUGCCUGGACCACCGUGCCGGCACCUGCUUCUCGGCGCUGAUCGUGGGCCGCUGUGCCGGAGACCUCGCUGGCCACUAUACCCAUAGGCAGUGCUGCUGUGAUACGGGCAGGUGCUGGGCAGUUGGCCCGGCCCCUGAGCUGUGUCCGCCGCGGGGCUCUGAUGAGUUCCAGCGACUGUGUGCCCUGGGGCUCCCGCUGCUGCCCUCCUACCCAGGCCCCUUCCCCGGCCUCCCUGGCUUCGGAUCCAGUGGGCGUGGGGUUCCCAGCCUGGGCCUUGGUGACACCAACAUUGGCACAGCCACGCUGAACCAGACCAUUGACAUCUGCCGACACUUCACCAACCUGUGUCUCAAUGGCCGCUGCCUGCCCACCUCUUCCAGCUACCGCUGCGAGUGUAACGUGGGCUACACCCAGGACGUUCGGGGAGAGUGCAUCGACGUGGACGAGUGUGCCAGCAGCCCCUGCCACCACGGAGACUGCGUCAACACCCCCGGCUCCUACCACUGCCGGUGCUGGGAGGGCUUUCAGGCGACGCUCACCAAGCAGGAGUGCGUGGACAUGGACGAGUGCAUCGUCAGCAGUGGCCUCUGCCACCAUGGCCGCUGCGUCAACACAGCAGGCAGCUUCCAGUGCGUCUGCAAUGCAGGCUUCGAGCUGGGCCCCAAUGGCAAGAACUGUGUGGACCACAACGAGUGUGCCACCACCACCAUGUGUGCCAACGGAUUGUGCCUGAAUGAGGAUGGCAGCUUCUCCUGCCUCUGCAAACCCGGCUUCCUGCUGGCGCCCGGUGGCCGCCACUGUGUGGACAUCGACGAGUGCCAGACACCGGGCAUCUGUAUGAACGGCCACUGUACCAACACCGAGGGCUCCUUCCGCUGCCACUGCCUGGGGGGGCUCGCGGUGGGCAUGGAUGGCCGCGUGUGCGUGGACACCCACAUGCGUAGCACGUGCUACGGGACCCUCAACAAGGGCUCUUGUGCCCGCCCCUUCCCCGGUGCCGUCACCAAAUCCGAGUGCUGCUGUGUGAGCCCCGACCACGGGUUUGGGGAACCCUGCCAGCUGUGUCCUGCCAAGAACUCCGCCGAGUUCCAGGCCCUGUGCAGCAGCGGUCUUGGCAUCACCACGGACGGCAGAGACAUCAACGAGUGUGCCCUCGACCCUGAUGUCUGUGCCAACGGUAUGUGUGAGAACCUGCGGGGCAGCUACCGCUGCAUCUGCAACCUGGGCUACGAGGCAGCCGCAGCCGGCAAGGAGUGCAUGGAUGUGGAUGAGUGUGCACUCAACAGCCUCCUGUGUGACAACGGGCGGUGCCGGAACAGCCCUGGCAGCUACAGCUGCUCCUGCCCCCAGGGCUUCAGCUUCUGGCAAGACACGGAGACCUGCGAAGACAUCGACGAGUGCCUGUCCAAUCCGUGUGUGAACGGCGUGUGCCGCAACCUGGCCGGCUCCUACGCCUGCGAGUGCGCCCCCGGCAGCCGCCUGGGACCCUCCGGCACCGUGUGCUUAGACAGCACCAAAGGCACCUGCUGGCUAAAGGUCCAGGAUGGCCGCUGCGAGGCGAACCUGCACGGAGCCACCCUGCGGUCCGAGUGCUGCGCCACGCUCGGGGCUGCCUGGGGGAGCCCCUGCGAACGCUGUGACAUAGACCCCGCCUGUGCCCGUGGCUUCGCCCGCGUGAAGGGGCUCAGCUGCGAAGAUGUGAACGAGUGUGAGGUCUUCCCGGGGGUCUGUCCCAAUGGGCGCUGCCUCAACACCGCUGGCUCCUUCCACUGCGAGUGUCUUGAGGGCCUGACGCUGGAUGCCACGGGCCGGCUGUGCGUGGAUGUGCGCCUGGAGCUUUGUUUCCUGCAUUGGGAUGAGGAUGAAUGUGGGGCCGCCCUGCCCGGCAAGUACCGGAUGGACGUCUGCUGCUGCUCCUUGGGAGCCGCGUGGGGGGCCGCGUGCGAGGCAUGCCCUGAGCCUGAGUCCCCAGCGUUUGCCAGCCUGUGUCCCCGGGGGCUGGGCUUUGCCAGCCGGGACUUCCUCUCAGGCCAGCCCUUCUAUAAAGAUGUGAACGAGUGCAAAGCCUUCCCCGGGCUGUGUGCACACGGCACCUGCCGCAACACCGUGGGCAGCUUUCGUUGCUCUUGUUCUGGGGGCUUUGCCCUGGAUGCCCAGGAAAGGAACUGCACAGACAUUGACGAGUGCCGCAUCUCCCCUGACCUCUGCGGCCAGGGCACCUGCGUCAACAUUCCGGGCAGCUUCGAGUGUGAGUGUUUCCACGGCUACGAGAGUGGCUUCAUGAUGAUGAAGAACUGCAUGGAUGUGGAUGAGUGUGCCCGGGACCCACUGCUGUGCCGGGGAGGCACCUGUACCAACACGGAUGGGAGUUAUGAGUGCCAGUGCCCCGCUGGACAUGCGCUGGUGGCCAAGGGCACUGCUUGUGAGGACGUUGAUGAAUGCUCCCUGAGUGACGGCCUGUGUCCCCACGGCCAGUGCGUCAACGUCAUCGGUGCCUUCCAGUGCUCCUGCCACGCCGGCUUCCAGAGCACACCUGACCGCCAAGGCUGCGUAGACGUGGACGAAUGCCGCUCUGGGAACGGUGGGUGCCACGUGCACUGCAUUAACACCGAGGGCAGCUACCGGUGUGGCUGCGGACACGGCUACUUGCUGAUGCCCGAUGGGAGGGCGUGUGCAGACGUGGACGAGUGUGAGGAGAACCCGGACAUCUGUGACGGGGGCCAGUGCAUCAACGUGCCGGGGGGUCAUCGCUGCCUCUGCUACGACGGCUUUGUGGCCACGCUGGACAUGAGGAUGUGUGUAGAUGUGGACGAGUGUGACCUGAACCCCUACAUCUGCCUCCAUGGGGUCUGCGAGAACACAAGGGGUUCCUUUGUCUGCCACUGCCAGCUGGGUUACGUCGUCAGGAAGGGGGCCACGGGCUGCUCCGAUGUGGAUGAAUGUGAGCUUGGGGGACACAGCUGUGAUGGUCACGCCUCCUGCCUCAACAUCCCUGGGAGUUUCAGCUGCAGGUGCCAGCCAGGCUGGGUGGGGGAUGGCUUCGAAUGCCACGACCUGGAUGAAUGUGCCUUCCAGGAGCAUGGGUGCAGCCCGAGAGCUGACUGCCUCAACACCCCCGGCUCCUACCGCUGUGCCUGCCCCCCGGGCUUUGCUGGGGAUGGCUACGUCUGUGAAGACAGGGACGAGUGUGCGGAGAACGUGGAACUUUGCCAGAACGGGCAGUGUCUCAAUGCCCCCGGGGGGUACCGCUGUGAAUGCGAGAUGGGCUUCAACCCCACAGAGGACCAGCAUGCCUGCCAGGAUGUGGACGAGUGUGUUCUCGGGAACCUCUGUGUGUUCGGGAGCUGUGAGAACCUGCCAGGCAUGUUCCGCUGCAUCUGCGAUGAGGGCUACGAGCUGGACCGCGGAGGCGGCAACUGCACAGAUGUGAAUGAGUGUGCAGACCCCGUGAACUGCAUCAACGGCCUGUGUGUCAACACCCCCGGCAGCUACCUCUGCAACUGCCCCCAGGAUUUUGAGCUGAACCCCAGCGGGGUGGGCUGCGUGGACACCCGGGUCGGGAACUGUUUCCUGGACACACAGGACCGAGGGGACGGUGGCAUUUCCUGCAGUGUGGAGAUCGGGGUUGGCGUCACCCGAGCAUCCUGCUGUUGCUCCCUGGGACGGGCCUGGGGCAACCCCUGUGAGCUGUGCCCGCUGGCCAAUACCACUGAGUACAGAACCCUGUGCCCGGGCGGUGAGGGCUUCCGGCCCAAUCCCAUCACCGUCAUUCUGGAAGACAUUGACGAAUGCCAGGAGCUGCCAAGGCUGUGCCAGGGGGGCAACUGUGUCAACACCUUCGGCAGCUUCCAGUGCAAGUGUCCACCUGGCUACCACCUCAAUGAGGACACCCGCAUCUGUGAGGAUAUCGAUGAAUGCUCUGCACACUCGGGCAUCUGUGGCCCUGGUACCUGCUACAACACUCUGGGCAACUACACUUGUGUCUGCCCAGCGGAAUACCUGCAAGUCAACGGUGGUAACAACUGCAUGGGUACGAAGUGUGAUGAUGGGGGAGCCCAGCAGUUGUGGGAAAAGCACUCGGGUAGUGUCUGCUUCCGGCACUAUAACGGUACAUGUCGGAAUGAGCUGACCUUUAACGUGACCCAGAAGACGUGCUGCUGUUCUUACAACAUCGGCCAGGCCUGGAAUAGACCCUGCGAGGCCUGCCCAACUCCUGCCAGCCUGGAUUACCAGAUCCUGUGUGGAAACCAGGUUCCCGGGUUCGUCAUUGACAUCCACACAGGGAAGCCCCUCGACAUCGACGAGUGUGGGGAGAUCCCUGCCAUCUGUGCCAAUGGCGUCUGCAUCAACCAGAUUGGGAGCUUCCGCUGCGAGUGCCCCACAGGCUUCAGCUACAAUGGGGUGCUGCUGGUCUGCGAAGAUGUGGACGAGUGUGCCAGCGGGGAGAGCCCCUGCCAGCAGAAUGCCAACUGCAUCAACAUCCCUGGCAGCUACCGCUGCAAGUGCGCCCGAGGGUACAAGCUGUCGCCAGGGGGUGCCUGUGUGGGACGGAAUGAGUGUCGGGAGAUCCCAAACGUCUGUAGCCAUGGCGACUGCGUGGACACAGCUGAUAGCUACAUGUGCCUGUGUCACCGUGGCUUCCGGGCUUCAGCAGACCAGACCCUGUGCAUGGACGUCGACGAGUGUGACCAGCAGCCAUGCGGAAAUGGGACCUGCAAGAAUGUCGUCGGCUCCUACAGCUGCCUCUGCUUCCCUGGCUUUGUGGCGACACACAACGGACAUUGCGUGGACAUGGAUGAAUGCACCACCAUCGUGGGGCAGGUGUGCCGAUUUGGCCAGUGCCUCAACACAGCAGGCUCCUUCCACUGCCUCUGCCAGGAUGGCUUUGAGCUCACAAGUGACGGGAAAAACUGCAUAGACGCCAACGAGUGUCUCAGCCUCGCGGGAACCUGCCUGCCAGGCACUUGCCAGAACCUUGAGGGCUCCUUCCGCUGCAUCUGUCCCCCUGGCUUCCAGGUUCAGAGUGACCACUGUGUCGACAUCAACGAAUGCUUGGAAGAGCCCAACCUGUGCCUCUUUGGCACCUGUACCAACAGCCCCGGGAGCUUCCAGUGCCUCUGUUCGCCUGGCUUUGUCCUGUCUGACAACGGGCACCGUUGCUUUGCCACCUUUCAGGAGCUGUGCCCUUUUGGCCACGGGGCAGUCCCAGGCCUGGAUGAUUCUCGGGAAGACGUGAACGAGUGUGUGGAGAACCCUGGCGUCUGUGCUAACGGCCUUUGUGUCAACACUGAUGGCUCUUUCCGCUGCGAGUGUCCUUUUGGCUACAGCCUGGACUUCACAGGUGUCAGCUGCGUGGACACAGACGAGUGCUCUGUCGGACACCCCUGCGGGGAAGGCACCUGCACCAAUAUCAUUGGAGGCUUCGAAUGUGCCUGUGCUGAUGGCUUUGAGCCUGGUCCCAUGAUGACCUGUGAGGACAUUGACGAGUGCUCCCUGAAUCCCCUGCUCUGCGCCUUCCGCUGCCACAACACUGAGGGCUCCUAUGUGUGCACCUGCCCGUCUGGCUAUGCCCUGCGAGAGGAUGGGGCCAUGUGCCGAGAUGUGGACGAGUGUGCAGACAGCAAGCAGGACUGCCACACCCGGGGCAUGAUGUGCAAGAACCUCAUCGGCACCUUCACCUGCAUCUGCCCCCCGGGCAUGCGGCCCCAGCUGGGCUCUGGGGAGGGCUGCACAGAUGACGAUGAAUGCCAUGCCCAGCCCAGCCUCUGUGCCAAUGGCCGCUGCGUCAACACCGCAGGCAGCUUCCGCUGUGAUUGUGACAAGGGCUUCCAGCCCAGCCCUGGCUUCACUGAGUGCCACGACACCCGGCAAGGGCCCUGCUUCUCUGAGGUGCUGCAGGCCACGUGCCAGGCUCAGUCCAGUGGCGGCAAGGCGGUCACCAGGGCCGAGUGCUGUUGCGGGGGUGGCCGCGGCUGGGGCCCCCACUGCGAGCUCUGUCCCCUGCCCAGCACUGCCGCCCACAAGAAGCUGUGUCCCCACGGCUCGGGCUACACCGCCGACGGCCAAGACGUGGAUGAGUGCCGCGUGCUCGCUCACCUGUGCCCCCAUGGCGAGUGCAUCAAUAGCCUUGGCUCCUUCCGCUGCCACUGCCAGGCUGGGUAUGCGCCUGACACCACUGCCGCAGCCUGCGUGGAUGUGGACGAGUGCAGCCAGGUCCCCACGCCAUGUCCCUUCCUCUGCAAAAACACCGAGGGCAGCUUCCUGUGCGCCUGCCCCCGAGGCUACCUGCUGGAGGAGAAAGGCAGGAUCUGCAGAGACGUGGACGAGUGCUCCUCCAGGCAGCACAACUGCCAGUUCUUCUGCGUCAACACCAUCGGUGCCUUCACCUGCCGCUGUCCCCCUGGCUUCACCCAGCGCCACCAGGCCUGCUUCGACAAUAACGAGUGCUUGGCCCAGCCCGGCCCAUGUGGCACCCGUGGACACUGCCACAAUGCCCCAGGCAGCUUCAGCUGUGAGUGCUAUCAAGGCUUCACACUGGACAGCUCAGGCCAUGGCUGCAAAGAUGUGGAUGAAUGUGACGGGCCUCAUCGCUGCCAGCAUGGCUGCCAGAAUGAGCUGGGGGGUUACCGCUGUGGCUGCCCCCAGGGCUUCACCCCACACUCCCAGUGGGGCCAGUGUGUGGACAAGAACGAGUGUGUCCUGUCACCCGCGGCCUGCGGCAGCGCCUCCUGCCACAACAUGCUGGGCGGCUUCCGCUGCGUCUGCCCCUCCGGCUUUGACUUCAACCAGGCCCUCGGGGGCUGCCAGGACGUGGAUGAGUGUGCGGUGCGGGGUGGCCCCUGUAGCUACAGCUGUGCCAACACCCCCGGCGGCUUCCUGUGCGGCUGCCCCCGAGGCUACUUUCGGGCUGGGCAAGGGCACUGUGUCUCUGGCCUGGGCUUCAGCCCUGGACCUCAGGAUGCCCCAGACGAGGAGGAGCUGCUCUCAUCCGAAGCCUGCUACGAAUGCAAGAUCAACAGCCAGCCCCCUCGUGACCGGCCACGGCGCAGCCCCCAUGGGGACUAUCAGGCGAGCCUGGCCAGCCUUGAUUCGGAGGCUCCGCUGACCUUGGGCCUGAACCUCUCCCGCCUGGGCCGGGCCAAGCACAUCCUAGAGCUGCGGCCGGCGCUGGAGGGUCUGGGGGGCCGCGUCCGCUACAUCAUUGCCCGUGGCAACGAGCAAGGUUUCUUCCGCAUGCAUCACCUCCGCGGCCUCAGCUCCCUGCAGCUGGGGCGUCGGAGGCCGGGGCCUGGAACCUACCAGCUGGAGGUGGUGAGCGUGGCUGGGGCCUGGGGCACCCCGCCUGAGGGGUGGCCGGUAGGCCGGGCCUUGCGGCUAAAGGUGCAGCUGCAGCUGCUGUAG